AUGGACAAUCUCCCGCCCACCAUGUACUCGCAGGGAGCUGCGCAGUACUCCGAAGCUCCGGAUUUGAUGGACCAGCCGUUCGCUGAGAACGGUAUCUCCGUCGAAGGCGCCCCCACCUGGAGACGGAAACUACGUACCUCGCCCGAAGCGCAUCGCAUGUGUCGUCUGCCGACGUUGGGUCAUGAAUGCGCCUACGAUGAAGUGCGUAAAAAAAGUGGCCCUAAGCGGGGGUACGUGAAGCAGCUCGAGGCUCGACUAGCUCAGGUCGAAACGCUUUUGAAAGGCCAAGAUGUCGAACAUGCGCCCCGAGCCUCUCCGCCGCAGCCUAUGGACAAUCCGUUCAGUGCUCCCCUCCAGGAUGACUCUAUACUUUCGUUGCCAGACCUCUCGGGCCUUGGAAAUGAACUCGGAAAUGCGAUACCCACAACAGGGGAUGGAAUGGGGGCUUCUCAACCAAUUCAGACGUUGUAUCCAAGUGCUGGGCCUUCCUAUCCCGCUGAUCCUCAGUGGGAAAUGAUCAGUCUGGGCGUGGAGGAGCCUCUUCCAACCCCAGAUGUUGUUGAAGAACUGGAUGCUCUAUUCUUCGAGAAGGUCUACCCCAUGAUGCCCAUUGUUCAUCGCUCUCGGUACUACAACAAUUUGCUUCUCUCUCCCCAGAUGCGACCACCUGUAUGCCUCCGGUACAUGAUGUGGUGCCACGCAGCCUCUAUCAGUGACAAAUACUUCUUCUUGCACAACCAUUUCUACCAACGUGCGCGGAAAUAUGCUGAGAUGGAUGAGAUGAAAGGUUUUGGAGAGACUAUCAUCAAUCUAGCCCACUGUCAGACCUGGAUUCUCAUCGGCACUUAUGAGUUCCGAAUGAUCUAUUUCCCUCGAGCUUGGCUUAGUGUUGGGAAGGCUGCCAGAUUAGCACUGAUGAUGGGUCUGAAUCGAUUGGAUGGUGCUGGUCUCGAUGUCAAACAGUCCAUGCUCCCACCCAAGGAUUGGACGGAGCGUGAAGAGCGCCGGAGAGUGUUUUGGUUUGCUUUCUGCACCGAUCGAUAUGCGAGUAUUGGAACUGGAUGGCCCUUAGCCAUUGAUGAAGGCGAUAUCAUGACAAAUCUCCCAGCCUCCGAGGAGUCAUUUUUGAAGAGCAAACCCCAGCGAACCCUUCGUCUGUCUGAUAUCAUUGCCGGCGAGGGCGUGUCUACUUUGGCUCCAUUUGCGUGUGUAGUGGUUUUGGCCAGUCUCUUUGGUCGGAACUUAAUACACAUCCACCGGCCUCAACCCCAGGAUAACGAUCAUGAUCUCAACGGCGAAUUCUGGAAAAGGCACCGGAGUCAUGACAAUGUUCUCUUACACAUUGCACUUUCCUUGCCUGACCAUCUUCGACUCCCAAGCGGAAUGGAUGAUGUGAAUGUCAUCUUCGCCAAUAUGAGCAUCCAUACCUCCACAAUCUGCCUUCAUCAGGCCGCAAUAUUCAAGGCUGAGAAGAACAAAAUGCCCAACCAGAUCAUUACCGAGAGUAAACGGAGGUGCCUCGUGGCGGCCAAUCAGAUCUCUAGUAUCAUGAAGAUGGUCAGCCACAUGGAUCUCACAAUGCUUAAUCCAUUCAUGAGCUUCUGCCUUUACAUUGCAGCGCGAGUGUUUGUGCAGUAUUUGAAAUCACGACCGGAUGACUCGACAGUCUAUUCGUCGCUACAAUUCGUCAUCUCGGCUCUCAAUGCAAUGAAAGUCAAGAAUCCGCUGACCGAAUCAUUCAUGGUUCAGCUGGACGUUGAUCUCGAAGGAACAGGGAUGCGAGCCAUAGAAAGCCAGAAAAAGGGCGCGUCCUAUGUGGCACAAGCAAUGCAGGCUUAUUGCGGUGAAAAAGUGGAUUGCACCUCCAUCUAUACUGUCCGCGACGCACGAUCUUCUGAAGUGCCAAGAGGACCUCAGGAACUCGGAACCCACACUGAGUCUACGCGUCCCUCCAUGACGGGGGAGACAACAUCUCUUCCCAGUCGACAAAGGGAUCCAUCAGAUACCGGCAAUGGGCGUGCAGGUUCCGGCAAUAAUGUACAGCCCUUCUUUCCCCAUAUGUCUCGUCUGCCAGACGGGACUGUCCAGAGCGGCAUCGUGGAUGUGGAUAUGGACUUUUCACCAGACUUUGGCCUUGGCGACAGGAAUCCACCAUCUGACCACCCAACUCCAUCGACAUUAAACUCCUCUUCGAACACCUCAUACUCAAUAUCUGGGGCCGACAAUCCAUCACCUGGUAAAAAGCAUCAGAAGACCACCACAAGCUCUGCCACAUCUUCCGACCAGGUCAACUCGGUCCACAGUGCUUCGUCCAUUACAGAAUCUCCGCAGAUUCCCAAUCUGAGCGCAAUCACGGGACAGGCGUUCCCAAACAGCACGGGCUCCAUAGGAAAUACGGCCGCAGCAAACGCUUUCAGCAUGAGUUCUCAAUGGGACAUGCCCACUCCAAGUUCCGCUUUGAACAAUGUGGACUUUGGCAAUGCAAAUGUGGACUCUUUAAGUGAGGCCCAAUGGGCACAGAUAUUGAACAAUAGCGGUAAUGGCUCUGGCUGGGCGGACUGGCGACCGUCAUGA